CUUUCCCUUUAUGUAUAUACUUUUUUUUCCCCAUUAUGAAAUUGUCUCUGCCUCAAAAGGUUGGUAUCAUCAAUUACGUAUAUUAGUAUGUGGACAUAUAACUGAUGAUUGAAUUUACAAUAAAAAUACUUUAUUUUGAAUGAACAUCUGACUCAUGCCAGAAAAGUAUGCCUGUCUGAUUAUCUGUCUAUUUUUAUUAUUAUUAGUAUCAUCUUGCCGACUGUGCAGUGAGUGUCUCUAGACUAGAAGAGUACAACUUCAGUCAGUCAGGGAACUAGUGGUGGACUCAAUUUUCAAUUCUGUCAACUGAACUACGCUUACACUCUGCGCUGACUGAUACUGAUACUGAAAACAUCAGAGAAGUAGAAGUCACAGAGUGGGGGAGGGCUGCUAAAACACCCAUUUGAGCACAAAAAUUGAAGGCGACAGACGUAUAUUCAUAUAACUAUAACAUAAUGUUUAUUGCCUGUAUUGUAUCUGUAUAAUAUAGGCAUAGUCCUAUAGCUCUACUAUAUACUUGUUACUUAGUAAUGAUAAAUUAAUUAUACCUUAUCCUUACUAAUACUGCUGACAAUUAAUAUUAUAUCAAGUUCAUGAAUAACCUCAAUAAAGUCUUACACUGUUUUACAGAAAUACUAAUUUUCAUUGAUUUUAAUUAGUUAUAGUAUAGUUGUUUUACUUAACCAUAAACUGUAAUUUAUUCUUAAGAUUGCUAAUCGAUUCCGCAUUGACCUAUCCAUAUAUGUUGCUGGUGGUACUUUAAGGUUUUCCUGGGGGUUGGUAAAAAUGCUUAAAUUUAAAGGUAUGUAAUGUAGUAUGUUCACUUAUUACUUUGUUUCUUAACUUCCUGUGACCACAUGCUACCGACUGCCACAAAAAUGGGGCCAAGUUUCAUUUUCACAGGUUUGUUGAGAGUUGCAGUAUAAUGUUGGCUCCCAAUACAAUACCAUCAUAUUUUAUCAUUGUGCAUCCAUUAUUGCCAUUAUCAUUAGCUGACAGCAUAGCAGCCAGUAGAAAAUGGAGUGGUAAAAAAAAAAAAUGAUGAAUUUAAUAUCAGCUGACUUAUUUACAAAAUUUAAUUAUAAGUUGUAUUUGAUAGUAGCCAUAUUUUGUAUUUCAAAGAUUAAAAUUUGUGAAAUUGAUUUCAAGUUUGAUUUUAUGGGAGUGGGCAAGACAAGAAAAUAUUUUAGAUGUACAAAGUCUUUUUUUAAAAUAUAGACGGUAUCAAAAGAUUUUUUAAAACUUUAUAUUUUAAUUUUUCCUCGCAGUUGGUUGUUAUUUGUAAAAUUAUUUAAAAGAAAAUAGCUGAAUUUAUUUAUUAAAGAGCAACAGGUCUAUGACAGUUGCGCUAGCACAUAAAUUUUAAAUUGAUAAAUAUGAACCAAAUUUCUGAAUCUUAUGCCAUAGUUUUGCCUGCUCGGUGUUAUCACCUACAUGGGAUAUCUCUGUCAGGGGGUUCUCAACGUUGAUUCACCACUGACAUUUUUGGCUUCAACAAAUCCUUUAAGCAUACAAAUGUCAUUUUUUAUACCUAACAGCAUCAGUUAUUUUUAUUUCAUUUAGGUGAAUCUAUAGUUAUAAAAUUUUCAAAAUAUUUCGUAACUGUCAUCAUUUACUACCGGUAUAAUAUUAUUUUUAUAUUAAAUAAUGUGUCUCUACAAAUAUGUAGUGAAACCAUCCAUCCAUCCAUCCCUGUGCCGCUACAGCCCAUGUAGGGCUUUGGCCUGCCUCACCACUUCCUUCCACUCAGACCUAACUAAUGCCGUUCUUUUCCAUGCUUGGACUUUCAGCUGCUGUAGAUCUUUUUCCACAUUAUCUAUCCACCUAAGCCAAGGUCUGCCUUUGAGCCUUUUUCCUCUGGGGUAUUGGUGAUGCACCCUCUUCAUUCCUUUGUCAUUUUGCAUUCUCUCUAGGUGUCCUGCCCAGUGUAGCCUGCCUCUUUUUAUUUCUGCCACUAUUGUGGGAUCCUGAUAUAGUGUAUAAUUCAUGGUUGGUUCGCAUUCUCCAUCCAUAUUCAUCCUUUGUAGGCCCAUAUAUUUUCCUGAGAACAAGCAGUGAAACCAGUUAUACCAUUAAUUAAUUAUUUGUUAACAUGGUUGUAUCUUUGCUGCUGCUGCUUUUUUUAUUAUCCCAACGCUUGUUUAAAACUAUGAUAAAUAAGCUGUAACUUAUGUAUUUUUCAAUUUCUGCAAUCAAAUUUCCCUAAUCCAAUGUUAGGCUAAAAAAUACUGUGAUCCUCACCUAUUUUCCAGUUAGGAUUUACUUCCUCAUACAAUUUAAAUGUCAUAAAAUCUAGAUCUUGCUUUUAACCGGCCUCCAUAAUUAAGGCACAUAAUAUUGAUAUUAAUACAUUCUCCAUCACAGGGUUUUAAAUGGAAAGACAUCAGCUUAUUUUGGCAUGCAUUCCAGCAUUCAUCAAUGGAAUUUCAAAUUACUGCUUUCAAAAUUAGAUUAACAGCACAAUGAACUUGGGAAUGAUCUUUUCAUGAUGUGGAAAAAACUGACACCACUUGCCUGAAGUUGAAUCCUUUUGAAUUUUUUAAUAUGGUGAUCCCUAUGGGUUAAUUUCCGUAGUUAAAAUAAAUCGCCUACACUAUAAAAAUCUUUAUACCGGUAUAGAUUAUUAUUUUAUGGGCUGUUUGUAAAAUACUAGGGGUAUUGGGGUAGUGGUGUGAAGAGAGUGGGAGUCAGAAAAGGAGAUGGUUAGGGGUAUUGUUUACUUUUAAUUGCAUGAUUAGUUCAAAAAAAAUCUGAUCUCUCAAUUCAAAUAGUCCUUAUCUCCUGUUUCAUUUUUUAUUUUCAGAAGAGACAUCACGAGGGAUUAACAACAUCAAUAAAAUAAAUAAAAUGACAUCUUUCUUGAAAAAGUAAUAAUAUAUGAAGUGGCUAAUUUGUUAAUGUUCAUCAAAACUAAUAAGAAAACAUAUUUUUCUAGAGGUGGACCUAAUAUUGACUUUUUUUGUUGUUGUUGACAAAAUUGUUCAUAUUUUGAUAGGUUUGCAUUACAAAUGGCUGAACACAUUCUUAUUUAUCAUCACUUAGUUUUAGCACCUACUUAAAAUGAAAGAUCCAGAUUUAUAAUAAUUGUACCAAGUUGUGAAUCUUCGGGUCAAGUCCUCAAAUAUUAACAUUAGUAGUUUUAGAUAAAAAUUUCUAGAUUUAAACAAUCAUCUUGCUGUCAUCAUGUCAUACCAGCAUGGCUCCGUAGAGUCCAUGGAUGAUAUGGAUCAAUUGUGUGAUGAGAUGGAAAACCUAACAGAAAUGGCAGAUGUUGAUGAUGUACCAUCAGCACUGAUUAUAGCCAACAUAGAUAUCAGUGUCUUUGAAGAUCAAUCAGCACAGGUACGGUAAUUUAAGUUAAUAUCAGUGUUUUAAUUAUUUUUGUUUUGUUUUUUUUUUCAUUAUAUGAGAUGUAUUAAUAUGAAUUGUAAAAAUUUAUCUAACCUUGUAUGUUGGCUUAUUAGCUUUUUUAAAUUUUAAAAUAAUUAUAAGUCUGGGUAUAAACUUUUUAAAUAAUAAGAUUUCUAACAAAUUAAGGUUUGUUAGUUUUUUAAAUUUUGUUUAGUCCUGUACCCUGUAACUUAACAGGGUAAUUUUAAAUUCCAAAUUGUUGUAUAUUUUACAACUUGUGAUUUUACAAUUUAGCAAGUGAUUAUCAUAUAAACUUUCAACUCAUUUUGUCCAGCUGUAUACUAAGGAGUUUAUUGGCAUUUAAUAUCUUACAAACAGAAAACUAGUUCAAAAUCAAAACAUCUUAAACUUGUUACUUGUGUGGAGACUUAUUUUACUGAGUCAUUUGUAUUUAAUUCUAAUGAAAUUCGUUAUUAACUUUUCAUUGAAGAAAUUUUGCAUUUUACAAAAUAAGGCUAUAUAUAUUGCAUCUUUGUCCUUCAGUUAACAUUUGAAAACAUAUUCAAAGAACUGGACAAAGAAGUUAGCUUCAUAUACUUAAAGAACUUUAGAAGGGCACGGCUACAGUUUUCAUCUUCUGAUUUUGCAUCUGUGGCUAGAAUUCGUUAUGAUGGUGUAUCAAUCUGUGGGCAGAGCAUCAAAUGUUACUUUGUUCAGGUAUGAAAUCUUGGGUAGUGGUACCGAUAAAUAUAAUUUCUUAUAAGAUUUCUUUUAUUGUAGAAUACUAUUAAAUUUGCUUUGCGCAUGACUAUCAUCCCUUGGUAGAAAAUGUUGCAUCCUCUUUAGUAAAUUUCAGCUUCAAAAAAAAAGCAGCUGAAUGAAAGUAUUUUUUUUCUGAUCUGUAAAUAACAUAAAUGUGUUUACCUUUGUAUUUGUAAAACUAUACUGUAUUGUAAAUUGAUCUAUAUAUUUUGCAUUAUUUAUUCUCUUGACUGUGGAACCUCUAUUUUCCUAAUGAAUGUGGGACAUUUUAACAUAUUGACACAAACUGUUACAAAUUAUUUUUUUUUAAACUGUUCAUUGAGAUCAAAAUAUAUUUUCCUUAUUCCUUCCAGCAAGUGCGUCAACAGAAUUCAGACAACACACAUUUACAGCCACCAGCACCACAAAAGAUGUUUCUCAUCUCUCCACCAGCAUCUCCUCCAGUUGGAUGGGAACCUGUCCCAGAGACAGAGCCUGUAAUAAAUUAUGAUCUGCUUAAUGCCAUUGCUAGACUUAAUCCAGGUAAUAGAAAACAGUUACUUGUGCAUCGAUAAACUUCUGCCUAUUUUAAGUAAUAGUUUAACAGGAUAAAGAAAGUUUGUAUUAUCAUCUUGUGCACCUUUACAUAGAGCUUUUAGAAUGUAAACAUAGCUAAAAUUAACUUUAUUCUCAUUUUAAACGUUUUCUUAAUUUUCACUUUGGAACAGUCAUUUUCAAUUUAAACAUUAUGCUAUAACUAUUUAGUUCCAAUAGUAAGGAACAUUUUAAAAACUUUAAUAAUGAUAUGCACUAGUCAGAUUUUUAUACCAGCUGUGCUGCAAGUGAAUGUUUUUAAAUUAUUAUAGCUUGUAUUGCUCCAAUUCCUUUAUUUUUUUUAAAGAUAGCUUUACCUAUUGAAUAGUGUGCUUAAACUUAGAACAGACAGCAGGCAACAUUUGUAUUAAUGUUUCAAACAGUGAAGGGACAUUACAUUUACUUUUUACUUCCACAUUGUGGUUAAAUAAUAAAGGAUCAUAACCUCCAGAUUUUUAUUGAAAUUCAAAAAUUGCGUUUUAAAAUGUAACAGAAUUAUUUUAUUGUUGCUAUUUAAAUUGUUUGUUUCAGUCAUUCUAAGAUGAUGUGUAGACUAUUCAUAGCCACACUUUUGUAUUAAAUGCUAAUUUUCUUUGCUAUUAAAAGGGGAAAUCCACGAGGUACAUCCUCCAUCAGUGGCUGCACCAGCAAUUGUUGUGCACCUCUGUGAAGACCCUGAAGGAUAUGAACCCGGAAAACUGCGUCAGAAAAUAAUGCAGACAAAGAGGCCGGAAGGUGGCACCAGUUAAGUCUCACAACACUGGUGUUUGUAUUUUUACUUGUUAAAUUGAUUACCCAUAGAUUCUUGGGGGAUGAAAUCCAUUGUGAGCAAAAUGAGUAUGAAUACAAAGUCCUUGUGUGCAUUAUGAAAACAUGGAUUGGAUUUUCAGAAGAUUCUUGAAAUAUUUUCCCAUUAUAUUGCUAGCCAUAUCCACGUUUAUCAUGUUGGAUUUGUUCUAGAUGCAUGUAGAAUAAAUAUAUGGUGUCAUGUUCAGUAAAAGGGGUUUUGAGUGCAAUGAUUGUAAGUUUAAUUUUUUUAUAUUUGGACAAUAUAAUUUGCUUCGAUCAUUGAAAAAAGCAGUACUCGCAUUUGAAUAUUGUGUAAAUAUAUGUCUUGUAGAGUGUAACGAUAGUAUUGCUUAUUGAGCUAGCACAAGGUUGUAGCUUUUUAAAAUUUUGUUUUAAUAGCAGUAUUGCCAAUAAAAAAGAGUCAAUGUGACAUUCCAAAAUGUUGAUGGAGUAUGAUAAAAUAUUGUAAGAAUAUGAUUCCGCAUCAUAUAAAUAAGGUUAUUGUCAAAUGUGUGUAAUGCCACUAGAAAUGGGUUAUAAAAAAAACAAUUAAAAGAUGUUCAUUUGUACUUUUUGAAGUGGUGAUAAUGUUAGUUAAUUUCUUUUCUUUUUACAUUGCCAAAAACACUGAGUUAUUGGAUUUUUUUUUUUUUGUAAUCUAACAUCUUUAAAUGUGUUUAUUAACCUUCCAUCAGUGGGGGGA